CGUCGAUGAAAAUCCGUAUAUAUAGAGCAAUGCGCUUUGCUGAGGACACAGUUCGAGUUCGAGUUCACUUCGGAUACCAACUACCAUGAAAUUCCUGUUGAUUGCUUUGGGCGCCGCCCUUGUGGCUGUCUGCCUUGCUGACGGAGGCCACCACGGUGGAGGAUUUGGAGGCAACUUUGGUGGAGGUCAUGGAGGCUUUGGAGGCUCCCAUGGGGGCUUCGGUGGACGCCAUGGAGGAGGCUUUGGAGGGGGCCAUGGAGGAUUUGGAGGUGGAAGCUUCGGGAGAGGUUUCGGUGGAAGCCACGGAGGAGGCUUUGGAAGCGGCUUCGGAGGUGGUUACGGUUCCCGAGGGAACUUCGGAGGCAAUUCCUUCGGAGGCUUUGGCGGUAACUCCUUCGGGCGAGGAUCCUUUGGAGGCGGCGGUUACGGAAAAUAAGAACCUUAAUAUUUCUUUGUUUGUCAGUCUUUUCUUUAUAUUAAGUUCAAAGAAAUUCUAAGAUCAUUCUGAACCAUAGCUAUUGUAAAAUUGUUAAAUUUCUAUAUUAUUUAAAUCCCUUUUGUAGAAAGAAUAAAAUUCUUAGUUAAACAA